CCAACAUAUGAUGUCGGCGUUCACCAACAGCGCACAUAGAGCUGUUUUGCUCGGAUUAAGGGCGACACGUCAAGCUGCCUUGACACGGUCUGUUCUGUCAUUCGAGGACACGUCAACUCCAUCCUCUAGCCCGCCCAAAGUAGCAAAGGCAACUGCUAGUACGAGUGUAGGAAGUGCAGAGAAUCUGAAUACGUCAGAGGAGAUCGAUGUUUCUGAAGCCUUGAAUGGAAGUAUCCCACUUGAGAGCGUGCCUUCUUCCGCAUCCCUGUCUUCACCUUUCCCUGGCGACUUUAUUACAACAGCAGGCGACAUUGGGUCCACUGAUUGGUCAACGAGUUACCAUGGCCUCUCUACUCAAGCCUUUUCAAAGGACAUCGCUAACAUUUUGUUGGCGCCUGUGGACGACAUGGAUAUAGAGAUGAAGCCAGAUGGCUUGAUCUACCUUCCCGAAAUCAAGUAUCGCCGCGUCCUUAACAAAGCAUUUGGACCAGGCGGAUGGGGACUCGCCCCUCGCAGUGAGACCAACGUUGGGCCUAAGGUUGUGAGCAGGGAGUAUGCGCUUGUCUGCCAGGGCCGCUUGGUUGCAGUCGCUCGUGGUGAACAAGAAUACUUUGAUCCAUCCAAUAUCCCUACAGCUACUGAAGGCUGUAAGAGCAAUGCCCUCAUGCGAUGCUGCAAAGAUCUCGGAAUAGCGAGCGAGCUUUGGGAUCCGCGCUUCAUUCGUGAGUUCAAGGUUAAGUAUUGCGUGGAAGUGUUUGCGGAGCACGUCCCUACGAAAAAGAAGAAGAAGUUGUGGAGGCGUAAGGACCAGCCGAAGUUUGAUUACCCAUGGAAAGAGUAGACGUACACUGUACAUUAUCACGUUCUUAAUCUUCAGGAGCACCAUGUGUAUCCAGCUGUGCAUUGGGUUAAUAUC